UAAGCCAGUAGAAGAAAGCCUGUGGACUCUUCUUACAGAACAUUGGCCUGGGGCGGUCUUACCCAUGUUCGUACCUCAUUUGCACAUACGUGUGUGUGCACAGACACAUUGGUACACUCUGAGGCUCAUUUAGUACUAAAUGUGAAAGGCAAACACUUUAAAAACUUAGGAAGGUUGCCUAGAAGCAUCAUUACACCUUCCGGUAGAGGUGACAACUUCUGAAACCUUUCUAUCUUUUAAAGUUUAUUUUUUAAAUUUAUUUGUUUAUAGGCCUGUGCAUGCCACAGUGUGCAUGCUGUGGUGUGCAUGCAGAGGAGAGAGGACACACAGCAUGUGUGCAGAGGGACAGGGGACAGACAGUGUGUGUGCAGGGACAGAGGACAGUUUUCAAGUCAGUUCUUUGAUCAUGGGGGUCUAAGGCUAAGCAGCAGCUCCCUGUGGAGCCAUCUCAGUGGUUCAGAUGGGGAUAUUUAAAGACAGACAGACAGACAGACACACAUACACACACACACGCACAUGCACACACACAUAUACAAUUUGGAUCAAACUGAGACCAAAAGAUACUACUAGAUUGUAUUAAAACUGAGAUCCAAAGACAUCCUAAAGAGAGGCAAUAAUCACGACUCAAGACAUAUAUCUGACUUAGGAUGUUAGACUCUGAAAUGUAGUAAGAACCUCUUUACAUCAGGAAGACACUGAUGGACAGUUGUAUAGAAUGACAGGUAGUGGAGGUCACAUGACACAGGAAGGGGCGACACGACCUGCUGGUGGAUGGGAAGGGGAGUCUGCCUGAGUUAGUGGGCAGGAAGCCAUGCAUAUUAAAAUUAAGAUUUCACAGAGUCAGGUUGGUACAAAUGUGUAUACCAAGGGAUGUCCAGUAUCAGUGAGGUUUAUCGACAGCCAGGUUUUCAUCUAAUGCUAGUGGGAGUGUAAAUUGGCUCAUCAACUUUGAGAUAAUGUUGUUUGCUUUGCAAAUUUCCAGAUGGACAUGUCUCCAGACUCAGUAUUCUAUUUUUACAUAUGUGCGCGCAUGCGCGCGCGCACACACACACACACACACACACACACACACACACACACACACACACAAUGGGUAGAAAAAGUCACACCAGAAAUGUUUAUAAUAUUAAUUGCCAGUGGUCUGACGCUUCAUCCACAGUAGAACGAUCAAAUACUUUGUGUGUAUGUAUGUGUGUGUGUGUUUGUGCAUGUGUAUGUAUGUGUGUGUUUGUGUGAGUGUUUGUGUGUGUAUGUAUGUGUAUGUGUGUUUGCAUGUGUGUCUGUACGUGUGUGUGUGUGUGUGUGUGUGUGUGAGAAUUCACACUUAAUGAUAAUCAUUAAGAAUUGUAACUACUAUCUCUUCUUGCUGUAUUGGCUAAGAUCAACUGAAGAGCCAUUGCUGUGUGCAAGGAAAGAAAUCCUGAAAAAGCAACAUGGAAUUAUAAAGUGAGCCGUGAGGAAAUAUGUGCCAUGUAAUUCCAACUUGACAAGGUUUGAGAACACGAACUCUCCCUGGAACAGCACAGCCAUUCUUUACGCCCCUCGGAGUUCCAGCCAGAGACAAGCAUCAUGCACAGUGCUGCACAAGUGACCUUAUCAGAGACUGUUCCCAGGUCCCAACCAAGCAUCUCUGUCCUUGUCCUCUCCUCUCCGUCUCCUCCCUCUUUUGAUACGGCCUUUUUAAGCCAGAGACAACAGACUCGAAGUACAGUGGAGCACAGCAUCUUUGAGGCAAAUUAUAUAUCCGUGACGAGUAAUGAGGUGGCUCUUGAUGAGGAGGAGAUGGAUAACUUUCUGCCAGACGCUCACUGGACCUCUUCACGGGUGGUCUCCCCAGUGCGGUAUAUCACACCGAGCCCACUGGACCCACCCCAGGAAACGCUGGAGCCUGGCUCGACCCCAUCACUCCCCACCAUUUCUUUGCAGGAUGAAGUGUUGUCCGGAUGUCAGAACACAGUGCCACAGGCAACUGUACACGUGGAGUCCACUUAUUUUGGCACUUCUUGGUCAGCUUUUCUCACGUCUGAGGGCAUCGUUCCAACUCCUAGUGGGAACUCGGUGCUUCAUCCUACAGAAAGUCACAGCCAGUUAUCAAGAAAGGCUUUGCCAGAGACAGUGGCUUCUGUAACAGAGGGUGCAGAGAACCUCCUUUUCAGCUCCUGGAUUUCAGUGUCUCAGCCGUCAGGCGAUGGCAUGACUCAACAGCCAUCUGUUCCUCUGUGGGAGGUCUCACAGUCUCUAGUGGGUGCGCUGGCCACAAGCACGGACAGAUACCCCAAUGAGACCACUGCUUGGAGUGAACAUCCAGAGAAAGCCAUCGCUCUCAGAGCACACCCCAGCGAAACCACGUCACCCACAGACCCUGCUUUUAGCAGUCCGCCUUCCGAUUUAUUUUCAACCCCGCUUUCAUCUGUGUCUUUUGCUACCCAAUUACCUGGCUUUUCAGAUAACUCAUUCCUCUCUAGUGAGGCCACGGAAGCCUUAGAGUCACGGUACAGCUCCAUGGUCCCCAGUUUUACUGACCAUCCUCUUGUCCUGAGCCCUGAGGCUUCCCUGAGACCACACACAAGAUGUGUGUCUUGUGUUGUCUCAUUAUCUCAGCAAGAACUGGCCAGGAGCCUCACAGAGAAGGAAAUGGGAUCGGGAGACAGGCUGGAGACUUUGUCUACUGCCUCAGUGGAGGCAACUCAUCUUUUUCCAUUGAGCAGUGUGGGCACAGACCCCUCUGAACUCGAAGAUCCUCAAGAAUUUAAUACCCUUUUCCCUUCUAGACCUGUGGUUUCCUUUUCUUCCAGACCUGUGGGGCUGUGGAAAGCCAGCACGGAUGUGUCACCUGAGGUGGAUGUGAGUAGCAUUGCCACCACCCGGGUGUACCCUCCCCACAGCCGCCUCUCCACACUAAGCUCACUUGAUUCGACUUUUGGCUUCUCAGUCACCAACGAUGUAGUGAUGUCAUCUGGUGUCACCCAUCUGUUCUCCUCUGUCAUCCCCAGCACCCAUUUUGACUCAUCUUUCUCCUUGACUGGAAAUCAAAACACUCCAUCCCUUCCAGCCGGAAACCCAAGCCUUCUCACCUCUUACAGUCUGCUCCCCUCAGCACAGUCUAAAGUUUUCUCUGACGGAACACCUCCCAGCUCUCUGGAACUCGAAUCUGGAUUGGAUUUCACAUCCAGCUUUUAUUCAACCCCACCCCUGGACUUCAGCACUCCAGCCCCUUCACUGUCAGAGGUGCUUGCUUUCCCAUCUUUGAUGUCAAGCGAUCCAUCAGCCUUCUUUUCUCAACCUUUCUCCACUGUGGCUGAGACAUUUUCACUGUCCAACUCUAUGGAUUUGCAAUCACCUCAGCUUUCUGUUCUUAAUCCCACAAGUCUAGAGCCAUCUCAGUCACGGUCGAGUGCAGACCUUCCUUUGAACACAAUCACUGUCCUUCCUAGUCACUCUGAAAUGCCCUCACUUCCAAGCUCCCUCUCUGAAUCUCUCAAGUUCACCGAAGCAUCGAGAGUUUCACUGAGAGAAUCCGAUGUUUAUGUUGUUACCUCAGCUUUCUCUGAAACUACCUCUGCCUUUGAGUUUUCACCCAUUCCUCAUGAAUCCACAGUCAGCACCCUGGUGCCCUCCAGCUCUGAGCCCACCCUUGGCGUCUCCACAACUGGGAUUCACCUCACAUCACUGACAACCGUUUUCCAUUCGACGCCCAUGUUAACCGAGUCACCCCCAUUCUUGACUCUGGCACCGUCCGAUGGCAGUGUGCGUGAGACGGACCAUCACAUGCCAGUCUUAACCACACCCUCCAGUGUCAUUCCAGCCAGCACAGAAUCGAUCUCUGACCCGUACCUGUCAGCCUCCUCAUCACUUGUUUCUGAAGUAAGCUCUUCACCUCUGCCCACAAAGCCAGUCAUGGACUCAUCAUUGACACUCACAGAUUUACCACCCAAUACCUCCCCAGAACCGAGUACAUCCCAGGAACCAAGCAUGCCCAACACCAGCACUGCCCCUGGUGAUACCGUGGACUCUGCUCUGGACAGCGAGCCUAUGAGUCAGAACCCUCAGGGGAACAGUGUCCCCCCUCCCCAACCCUCCCUCGGUCCUGUUACCACCUCCACGAUUGAAGCCACAGUUGGUACACCAGCACUGGCCACAGCCAAGCCGCCAUAUGUGUGUGAUAUUACAGUUCCCGAUGUCUAUUUGAUCACAACUGUGCUGGCCAGACGAGCUGUGCAGGAGUACAUCAUUACAUCAAUUAAAGAAGUGCUGAGAAUUCACUUCAACCGUGCAGUGGAGCUAAAGGUUUAUGAACUGUUCACAGACUUCACAUUUCUGGUAACAUCUGGCCCUUUUGUUUACACGGCGAUAUCAGUCAUUAACGUCCUCAUCAACAGCAAACUUGUACGUGACCAAACUCCUUUAAUCCUGUCUGUGAAACCAUCUUUCCUCGUGCCAGAUCCCAGGUUUCAAGUUCAAACAGUACUUCAGUUUGUGCCUCCGAGUGUGGAUACUGGCUUCUGCAACUUCACACAGAGCAUUGAGAAAGGCCUGGUGACAGCUCUCUUUGAAGUGAGGAAACACCAGGGGACAUAUAACCUCACAGUGCAGAUUGUGAAUGUCACCAUUGCUUCUCCGAGGGUGGCUCCGCGGAGGGGCCCAGUGAAUAUUAUCUUUGCUGUUAAAGGCUCGAAAGGUUUUCUGAAUGGGUCGGAGGUGAGCGAUCUGCUGAGGAACCUGACAGUGGUGGAGUUCAGCUUCUACCUGGGGUACCCGGUGCUGCAGAUCGCAGAGCCCUUCCAGUACCCACAGCUCAACUUAUCUCACUUACUGAAGUCCUCUUGGGUCAGAACAGUCCUCCUGGGUGUGGUGGAAAAGCAGCUCCACAACGAAGUGUUUCCGGCCGAGAUGGAGCGCAAACUGGCCCAGCUGCUCAGUGAGGUGCCCACUAGAAGACGCAUGUGGCGGAGGGCCACCGUAGCUGCUGGGAACAGCGUGGUACAGGUGGUGAACGUGUCCAGGCUGGAGGGAGAGGACAAUCCGGUGCAGCUCAUCUACUUUGUGGAGAAUCAAGAUGGAGAGAGACUGAGCGCAGCCAGGUCUUCAGAUCUGAUCAACAAGGUAGACCUCCAGAGGGCAGCCAUCAUCUUGGGGUACCGGAUUCAAGGCGCCAUUGCCCAGCCUGUGGACAGGGUGAAGAGGCCAUCCCCGGAGUCACAGAGCAGCAACCUGUGGGUCGUGGUUGGCGUGGUCAUUCCCGUGCUGGUGGUCACCGUAAUUGUUGUCAUCCUCUACUGGAAGCUGUGCCGCACAGACAAGCUAGACUUCCAGCCUGACACAGUGGCCAACAUACAGCAGCGGCAGAAGCUGCAGAUCCCCAGCGUGAAAGGCUUCGAUUUCGCUAAGCAGCAUCUGGGUCAGCACAAUAAAGACGACAUACUGAUUAUUCAUGAGCCAGCACCACUGCCAGGACCCGUGAAGGACCACACCACACCCUCUGAGAAUGGAGACGUGCCGAGCCCAAAGUCAAAGAUGCCUUCCAAGAACCUCCGACACAGAGGGAGAGUUUCCCCCUCAGAUGCUGACUCCACUGUCAGUGAGGAGUCCAGUGAGAGAGAUGUGGGAGAGAAGACGACGGCUACCGCCCCUGAGAACAAGGCCCACAGAGCUCCACAGAGCGGCGCCCCGCUGCCCAGUUCCACAAAUGAGCAGCAUUCCUCGGCCUCCAUCUUCGAGCAUGUGGACAGGAUCUCCCGAACCUCAGAGGCCAGCCGGCGGGUCCCCAGUAAGAUCCAGCUAAUCGCCAUGCAGCCUAUCCCAGCUCCACCAGUGCCACACCCUGUCCUGGCUGACAGAGUGGCAGAAACCAACAAAAUCAACAAGGAGAUCCAGUCGGCUCUGCGCCACAAGUCGGAGAUAGAGCACCACCGCAACAAGAUUCGCCUUCGUGCCAAACGCAGAGGCCACUACGAGUUCCCGGUGGUGGAUGACCUGUCUUCCGGUGACACCAAGGAGCGGCACCGAGUGUACCGGAGGGCACAAAUGCAGAUUGACAAGAUCCUGGACCCUGCAGCCAGUGUGCCCUCUGUGUUCAUAGAGCCCAGGAAGAGCUCACGGAUGAAACGUUCCCCAAAGCCACGCCGGAAACACCAGGUCAACGGCUGCCCCGCCGAUGCGGAGAAGGACAGACUCAUCACCACAGACAGUGACGGCACAUACAAGCGACCCCCAGGCGUGCACAACUCUGCCUACAUUGGAUGCCCAUCUGAUCCUGACCUCCCAGCUGAUGUCCAGACGCCCUCCUCUGCAGAGCUGGGCAGGUACCCCGGCCUGCCCUUCUCAGCCUCUCAGUACAUCCCACCUCAGCCGUCCAUCGAGGAGGCACGUCAGACCAUGCACUCUCUCCUGGAUGACGCCUUCGCCCUUGUGGCUCCCAGCAGCCAGCCCACCAAUGCUAUGGGAGUGGGUACUGGGGUGCCUGCCAGCCUGCCUGUGAAUAGCACCCCUUCCAGGGAAGAGAGGCGAGCCACGCAGUGGGGGUCCUUCUACAGUCCUGCUCAGACGGCCAACAACCCUUGCAGCAGAUACGAAGACUACGGGAUGACUCCCCCAUCGGGCCCAUUGCCAAGCAGGCCUAGCUUUGGCCCAGGGUUGCUGCCGUCUUCAGAGUUGGUCCCCCCUGAACCCCCACAGCCACAGUCAUCAUCUGACACUCCAUAUGCUGCCCGAGGGAUCUACUCAGAGGAGAUGCCCUCAGUGGCCCGGCCUCGGCCUGUUGGGGGCACCACAGGCUCCCAGAUCCAGCAUCUGACACAGGUGGGAAUUGCAAGCAGAAUUGGGGCCCAGCCAGUGGAAAUUCCUCCCGGCAGAGGCAGCCAGUAUGGGGGACCAGGCUGGCCGGUAUACGGGGAGGAAGAGGCAGGACGAAGAGAAGCCACCCACAUGCUUGGACAUCAAGAGUAUUCUUCUUCACCGCUGUUUCAGGUGCCAAGGACUUCGGGCAGGGAGCCCUCAGCCCCUCCCGGGAACCUUGCCCACCGAGGGCUGCAGGGCCCUGGGCUGGGUUACCCCACCAGCUCCACAGAGGACCUCCAGCCCGGCCACUCCUCAGCCUCCCUCAUCAAAGCGAUCCGAGAGGAGCUCCUGCGGCUCUCUCAGAAACAGGGCUCAGUACAGAACUUCCACAGCUGAUCAGCCUCCCUUGCAGGUUUGCCAAGCAUCUGCUUCCCGUGGAAGCAAGACCAAAAGGAAAUCAACUGAGUGGGUGUUUGUAAGAGUCGGAAGAAGCACGUCCGGGCGAGCUGCCCGGGGAAAGGGAACAAGUUGCAAUGUGAGAAGAUGCCAUAAAGCCACAUGGACAACUCGUGGUACUUUUACUGGGUUGGCAAUUUGAUGACCACUUUGGUUCAGUCAAAAUGUGUGUACUUUGGGCCAAAAGCCAGCACUUAUACACACACACACACACACACACACACACACACACACACACACACACACACACGGAAAACCAAAACAUAAACCUAAGCUAACAAAAUGUAAGCUAGUCUCCUCUUUCUAAGGCGGAAAAUUAAACCCUAUAAGUGGAUAGGGGAGCGGGGGACAGCAUUUCCCCGGGAAUCUGACUGGUCCGUACAACACACCCACUACUGUUUCCUGAGAAGAGAGAUCUCAAGAUAUUUUAGUAACAGCUUGAGCCCUCUUUUCCUCCGUAGGAACUCACGUUGAUAGUGAUAUUAACAGCAAGACAUACUGAGACUUUUUAGAAAUCUAAGAGCUACUGGCGGGAACCUAAUGAUAGGUUGUGGAGCCUGGUCAUUUCCCACAAAGCCAUCGCCUGCGUUCUUUCUCCUUCUGGUGCUACAGCUCUGAGGGUCUUAACCGUUCUGUCUGAAAUACAACUGUGGCUUUCGCAGUAGAAGAAUAUGUUGGUGGUUUCGUUGUGUCGGGGGUCUGGGGGAAGAGAAUGAGACAGCUGCACUUGGGAGGGGAAGCUUCAUGUUUAUUUGGUUAUUCACAAUACAUAUCAGAGUUUGGGUUUUCAGCCUUAGUUGUAUUUGCUGUUUAUUUGUUGGGCUCACCCAGCUCUUGGCACCAUAGCAGAGCAUCUCGGCGAGGUCCGUCCUACAGGAUGAGGCCGUUGGGAUGUCCUAACCCAGGUCCUUGUAUUUCACUGACAGUUUGUUCACAGAAUAUGUUUGAAUGUCUUAUGGAAGCAGAUGUCAUUACCAGUGAUUCUUAGGACCACCCGAUUGUCACGAAUCUGCCCAUGGUAAUCAGGUUCCCCGAGUUCUGGACUGGAAGUAGAACUAAGUCCCUUUCAGCCUCUAUAAUGACUGAAGAAAUACAGGGUUUUGAAACCAUGAAGGAAAUGAGAGUUUCCCCCAUUCCUGGUUUUGCUAUUAUUUCUUUGUCUGAAGUCUGUCUUACUCACUUUGGGCCAGAGAGAGGUUACCUCUCAGUGCGAUUCUGAUGUCACAUUUCUCAGCCUCUGACAUGACAUUCUGUAUCCUGGUGCCUGAAAGAAACUCUGGGAAGUUGCACACUCACAGGGAGUCAUACAUGAACCUCUUUACCAGAUGAAUGAAUACUUUUGAUUGAGCAGCAGAUAAUGGGGCAGAGUUUGUGAGGCUCAGCCUAAUCAAAACCUGUGUGCCUACAGGUUUCAAGAAAAUGGAAACAGCUAGAACAAAGUCCCCAGACUGGAGUUACUGGUUCUAGAAUUGUUUCUGCCCUUCUCAGUCAGUCUUGGGACACAGGGACAUCUGUUUCCGGAAACUGGUGCAGCCAGUGUUUAUCUGCACACACAGAAGGCACGCAGGGGAGGACCCACUGUUCUUUGUCAGGUAGCCUGCCAGCACUCUGACAGAAAGGAAGAGGAGACCCCAGUGCUGGGGUUAUUUAUUAAUCUUGAUUUAAUGUGUACUCUUCCUAAGCUAGAAGACCCUCUUUCCAGACUACUCAAACCAAGUCCCAAAUACCCAGGCAGAGUUUUAGUAUGACAUCAUGUGAUAAGUUCAAAUCAACCCACAGAAUAAAUGGCCCUUUCUCACCCAAUGUCAUGAAUGUUUUGGACAUAGAGCGUCCAGAAACUGACCACCUCCUUUGUACAAUGCCAAACGAGUCUCAGUGUCAGAGGAUGUGACAAAAACUGCAAUUUUGAUGCCUUUGAGAUUAUAAAGGGAUUCUACCUGUAUUUUUAUUCUCAGAACAGAUAUAACUUUAAACGAGUGUCACAACCAAAGGUGGGUUGUAGUUUGGCGUGCAGGCUCUGUGGGAGCCCCAGUGCACAGUUGUUGGUUAUUUAAAGCACACUUAGUUUGCACUCAUGUCCCCUAAAACAACCAGCACAGCAGGUCUACCAUAGUUAAACUGCUGGGAUACGCCAUGUCCAGCAGGCGUCCAGUGGAUCAUCCAGUGUGCUCCCCUAACAGAGGUGGUCCUCAACAUGUAUAAAUUAUUAAAGCACUCCAAAAUGAAAGUCAAGUUUAAUGUCUGUCCUUUUCUUCUAAUUUUAGAAGUUCUGUUGAGAAACACAAACUGCAAAUUUGAGUCAGCAUUUUGGGACAGAGUGCUUGGAGAAGUGCUUCUUUUUGCAGUCUCCUUUGUUGCUAAGUCCUCAUGUUCGAUUCCUUCUGUGUGUCAUUCUUGUUAUUAACAAGACCGUAUUCUAACCGCCCCCCUCUUCCCCCCCACAACACCUCAUAGGAUCUCUGCUUCUAAAAAUCAAGUGUGAUCCUACUUGACAACUCUCGAGGAGGGAGCCUAAGUCACUGUGAAAAUGUAAGAUGUUAUCUGUGUGGAUGUUCUGCUGUGGUCUGUGCUGUGGUCUGCAAGUGUCUGGGUUCACCUGUAGGAAAUCAGAACCAAACAGAAAGCCCAGGGUGACUCCUCCUGUUGCUGUUUUCGUUUCAAGCUUACCACUUCUUCUGUCUGCUUCAAAGUUUGCCUCUGAAGCAUCAUUUUUGCUCCGACUUUCUGACACUAGAUUAGUCAGCAGACAUGAAGAGUCCUGUCUUCCAAGAGAUUUUAGAAUCUAAGCUGGAUAAUACAGACAGGUAUAAAAGAUGGAAGCUAUAGUUAAGCAAGAUGGCUUAGAUCCCCAUAAAGUGCAAAAGGUAGAGGUGUGGUGGAUAUUCAGAUGUCAAAGAAGUUACAUGUUUAGGAUCAAUGAGACUUUAGGGGAGAAACCAACUGCAGAAGCCACUUUGAUGUUACUCAAGCCAGCGAUGAUACAGCAAUGGAUAAGCCUCACAGUUGUCCCGAGAAAGGGUGUAGGAAUUGGGUACUCUGUCCGAGUAAACUCCAUCCUAAGAACAGGAAGUAGUGUUGGGAGGAUUCCUGUCUAGUAACAAAACAAGCAGAUGUCCAGGCUGGUGAAGAUCUGCCUAGCAAGAGCCCCGGUGUAGGGAAAGGGAGGUCAGAUACCAGGAACUGCUGAUACUGCUCUAAAGUCAGUCAGUGGUGCUGAGCUGGGCCUUGCAGAGCUUAGCUUACAGCAGAUCUUGAUGGUCCUCUAUGGUCUUUAGCAGGUCAUGGAUAAGUUACAUCUUUAGCUACCCCUCCAUGAUUUCCUCCCGUUUUCAUUUCAUCUCAGAGCAUGUGUUGAUUUUGAUGGCAUGGGACUUUCAAGCAGUAGGGUUUUGCCAAGCCGAAGUUUCGAAGGCAUGAGGCCAGUGACCCAAAGCACAGGUGCAAGUGUGCCUGGAAGGCUUCAGGCCCAAACCAGUAAUUCCCUGCUUUCUUGUAUACAGAGUGCUCACUGCCAUUUCAGAUCUUGGUGUGUGCUCCAGUAACCAAGCCAGUCCCCUGGACACUGGUCUGUGUUGGCAGGACUUCACGAGUUAAUCAUUCCUUAGGCCUCCCUUGGCCCUUUCAUCCCAGAUUCUUAGGUGGGAAUCAGACACUUGGAAAGAUGUUGGGUCAAGGUUCUGGGCGCAGGGCAGUGUGCUCCUGUCUUAAUUCACACUAAGUUUGCCACUAGUGGAGUCCUCGCCAUGUCAUUUCUACCUCCAAAGUAAGUCAUCAGAGUCUGCUCGUCCACAUCUGGUCCAGGCGGGAGUACGAGGAAGUCCGCUUCUACACCCGUGCGCACAAACACGUCCGUGUGGGACAGUCCAUUGAGCUUCGUCAUUAGUCCAGCCUAUUACAGACAUUCCUGGAACAGGUGAGAGGGUUUCUAUGGGCCUCUGUUGUAACAUUCUCAUGAAGUAUAUAGGCUUACACUCAUCACCCAGUAAACAAGAAUGGUGCACAUUUCAGGUGGUUUAUUUUGUGGGGGAGGAGGCUGAAGGGGGGGUGGUGAUUGCGGUGUUUAAACUAGAAUUCUUUUGUCCAUGUUAAAAAAAGACUUGAAAACUGAACCAUCACGGUGCAAAGUUAAUUCAUGCCUGUGCGUGUAACAGGACACUCAGCAAUUAUCUUAAGAGCACACAGCAGCAUUGAAGUGUAGAAAAAGAAUAGUAAAUGCCUUUGGGAACAUGAAUCGGUUAAGAACCAGGCAGGACGGGGGUGGGGGUGGGGGGGACCAGAGAAUGUCUGCAUCUGAUGUGCUCCUCCCAAGUUGGUGUCCCCCAGGGUAGGUCACGCUCCAGGCUCCCUGCUUUGCCUCCUCCUCCUCCUUCUGUGUUUCCCCGCUCCAGGGUCACUUUGGGGAUUACUUAGAACACCAUUGAUGUCUUUUCUCAUGCCCACCAGAUAGCAAGUCCUCAUGACCUGCCUCCCAAACGUGCCCUUACAGGGCUAAGUUAAAGCCAGGCGUUUAAAGUUCUGUGGCAGUGAUAAGGAAAGAAACAGGAGGUUCCAGAGGAACCAGGGUUUCUGGUCAUUAAUUCAGUCAUGCUGAGCACCAGGGUGUUGGUUCUGCAACAGUUAGAGAAAGGCUCUGGGUUUCUUCCCUCUCUGUACAGCUCUCUGUGGAGCAGAGAGGCACAGAGACAGGAGUAGGGUUUUCAGGAAAGCUUGCUCUACCAGGCUGCCCCGGGAAGCCGACUUGUCUCUGACUUGGUUGAGGUCGGGGUUCUGACUUUCUGCACCCUCGUGUUAGGUGAUUUGUGUUAAUGUAUGAAACCGCAGAGCACGUUGGGCCACCUGUGGCAUCAAGACUGCAACUUGACAAUCACGGUUUGCUGAUCUCAAACGGGCGCUGAAAACUCAGUCUGGGUGUGUGACUUAGCGAUUGAGCCCGCCCUUCUGUUUGUCAGUUAUGUUUCUACCCUUCAAUUAGCUGCACUGUUUUCUAAUGUGCUGUAGUUUGGAUAUAAUUUAUGCAAGUGUUUGGUUCCCACGUUUACAAUUUUUACAACUUUCCUAGCGUUUUAAAAUGGAAAUGUCAAUAAAUGCUUCGAAUCGCUGUCGAGGCGA